AUGACUCGUGCACCCGCUACCUUCACCGCCGAACAACUGGAGCAGUAUCUCCAACGCAUUGGAUAUGCCAACGACGCCGUCGCCACGGGAGAUGCCCGCCUAGAUCGUCUCCAGCAAGCUGUCAUUCAAAGCCCCCUGGCGGCCCUGACGGAACUGCAGCGACGACAUCUCGCGGCUAUCCCGUGGGGUAACUCGGCGCUGCAUUACUCCACCCAUCAUUCCAUCUCAACUCAUCCCGCCUGCGUCUUUAGGAAACUGGUCACCCGUCGUCUGGAUGGCUACUGUAUGGAGAAUACCAACCUCCUCUAUGUGGUCCUAUGCUCCUUGGGAUACCAGGUGUACCCGACUGGCGGGCGAGUGAGCAAUGCACUUGCCGGUGGGGAUCCGACUGACGAGACUUACAUCUAUCUGAGUCACAUGAUCCUCAUCGUGACCAUAGCUGACAAGAGAUAUAUGGUCGACGUGGGUUUCGGCCGCAACGCGCCUACCAGUCCGCUACCGCUGCAGGAAGACGUCUCUGCGACGUUGAUUGCACCCGAAGAGAUGCGCUUAAUCAAGACCAGCCUUGCUGAGUGUGUGGAUCAAACUCAGAAGUUCUGGGUCUACCAGGCCCGGUCCCCCGGCGGUCAUUGGACUCCCAACUAUUCGUUCUCCGAGAUGGAGCUCCUGCCGCAGGACUUCGGCAUGAUCAACUUCUACACCAGUCAGAACCGCUCAAGCUUCUUCACCCAACGGCUGGUGUGCACGCGGGUGAUCCUAGACGAUCAUUUGGAACCUGUGGGCAUCUACAUCCUGUCAGGGACGGAGGUCAAGAAGACGCUCCGGGGGGAGACGGAGGUUGUGGCAUCGUUUAAGACGGAAGAGGAUAGAGUUCGCGCAAUGGCCGAAUACUUCGGCAUGUAUUUCCAUGAACAUGAGGUCCAGGGAGUCCGCGGGUUACCGUCUCAGAUCAAAUAA